AGAGGAGGCUCCCCAAAGUCCUGCCUGGCUUUGUGGGGAGCAGUUCCAGAGCAUCGCCCGGGGACUCCCUGACACCGUUUGCCCCAACAUCACGACUGGAAGCCUGCGUCGGAGGAGGGUAGGUUAGCAUGGCUACACAGUGCUAGCGGCAUGCUGGGAGGUUGAGCUUUUAGCACAGCAGGGAACAUCCUUUCCUGCACUUUUAAUAUUGAAAGCCAAAUUUACGUGCACCGUUAAUUGAUUAGAAGACCUGAGCUUGCAAAGAACACUGCGCGGCAGCUGUCGCGCGGCCACAAAUAGAUCCCGGCUUGGAGAAAUUAAAGUCUUCUUGCAAAGAAAUGUUCUCCAAGAAGGCAGCCGCAUCAUUCAGAGCUAAUUUGCUUUCUCCCUGGGACUGGAGAUUACAUUGCUUUGUACCCAGCUCUGCUCAGCACAAUUCCCCCUUGUAACCAGCAUGGAGGAUUGUGAGAGUGGUUGCACAGCACACAGGCUGAACAAGAGCACAGAGCACAACGCACAUCGAAAGAAUAUUCCUCCGAAGCGGAAAGGAGUCGGGGGGGGGGGGUUAGUAAAAUUCACCCUGGUUUCCAAGCAGGACCCCAGCCAGGAGAGCUGCCGUUGGAAUCGCAGUCACGUCGUUACAGACAGAGAAAAAGCUGUUGGUUUCUCACUCACUUGCAGAGUUUGUGCUCAUGGAGCCACGUUUUCUAAGGGCCGCUAACCCCCCUGGAGACGUUUGCAUGCACAUAUCAACAGCAGCUGCACAUGCAAAUGCAGGGGAGUUUGCACCUGCUGACAGGUGAGGCUGCAACGCCGUGGGUGUGUGCCAGGCAGGUGCCCUUUGACUCGGGUUCAGGAUGUGCAGUGGUGACACAUUGCUCGAAUACCCAGCGACGGGUUUCCCCCCACAAUUCUCAAAGAUCAGGCUUGAGCGUAACUGGGCUAAAUCCGGAGCAGUUCACAGCGACGCUGAAGGCACCGUUAUCCUGCGGCGUGCACUUGCACGGUGCUUUACAAACCGGAAUGCAACCGUCCCUGCCCCCUAAGUGCACACAGUUGUGAUGCAGGCAUUUUCUCUCGCCCCCUCCCCCGAGCCUGCCUCACUCCUACACAUUAUACAUGCCAGACUGUGCGCUCCUCUUUAUACAUAUGCAUGCACGCCAGGAAGGUAGGAGUAUUACUAUGCCUGUUUUUCAGGCGGGGAAACUGAGGCCAGAGAGGAAGUGCAAUUUGACCGAGGUUACACAGUGAGUCAAUGAUGGCUCACGGGCCGGCUUAAAACGGCUCGUGGGCCGUAGUUUGCCCAUCCCUGUGCAUGAGCUUCUGCAACGUCGGCCCUCCCCGGUCACCCCAGUGGGGGGGCUUUGCUUGCUCCUGGAGAGAGGGAGGGUUUUCAGGACUAGACAUCUGUUCUGGAGACUCCCCCUCCUGCCGCUCUAUGGCCAGUGUCCUGCCCCCUCCGCAGGUGCUCAGAUGCCAGCUGCUAAUGAGGCUCUGCUAAUGCUAAGCUAUGCCAAGAUAAUCCGAGCCGCUUGCUGCCAGCGUCUUGAAAGGGCCCAGGAGGGCUGCAGUGGCCGACAGGUGCAGCACUCCCUAAAUAGCAAGCCCAAGCGUGUGCCUAUAAAACCCGGGGACACGCCUAGCGCCCCAGGAGAACUUGCUGAGGGCUGUUCAGGAAGGAGCCUGCCACGAAGCCUGCACCAGGGGACAGGAUGGAGGAGAAUUUUUCCUGCCAAGUCAAGAAGAUGGCGCUGGCCUUGGGAACGUCUCUGACGGACAAGGAUAUUGACCUGCUGCCCUCGGAGAUGAGACAUCAUGCUGCCUUCAACUACAGCAAGUUCUUCGAGUACAUGCAGAAGUUCCAGACGUCGAGUGAGCAGCAGGAGCAGUUGCGCAAAGCUUUCCAGCUCCUGGACAAGGACAACAGCGGCUUCAUCGAGUGGAACGAGAUCAAGUAA